AUGUUAUCUCUUACCUACUGUGGGGAUAGGCGAGGCUCUACAACCAGCAGGGUAACGGGCAGUAGGGAAUCGGACAGCGUAUGUGAGCUCACGACCAGGAGGAGCGGGAGACACGUUCAAACGGACACUUGGGACAUCGCUUUCUGUGAAGGGAAAACCGUAUUUAUAUGGGAGUGUACUUGUGAGUGUGGGGUCGACAUGGUUCACAACACGAGCACAUGGUUUGGUGGGGAGGAAACGGGAAGCCAAACCACAGAGACAAAACAAAGACUGAUUAAUAAGAGCUUUGAUUUUGUUCAACAGUUUCAGUUUCAUUUUGGCUAUGAUAGAUUAUUUACAGUGGAACCAGUUGGAGCGAGUGGGGGUUUGGCACUCUUCUAUAAAAACAUUUAUGACGUUAGUAUCGCUUAUUCGAGUAAGCGGAUUAUUGACGUUGAAGCUAGACAUGAAGAUAAGGAGAUUUUCAUGUCUUUCGUCUAUGGGGAUCCAGUGGUAAAGCUGCGGGAUCUUGUUUGGGAACGGAUUACAAGGAUUGGUACGACAAGGAUAGACCCGUGCUUUCUGAUAGGGGAUUUUAAUGAGAUCACAGGAAAUCAUGAGAAACAAGGUGGAGCCUUACGCCAAGCCUCAUCCUUUAUCCCUUUUAACUUGAUGAUCAGUGAUUGUGGUUUUGUGGAUUUUCCAAGUCGUGGGAACACACUUUCUUGGAGGGGAAGAAGACGGGGGAAAAUAGUUCGGUGUCGUCUGGAUAGAGCGUUAGCAACGGAAGAUUGGCAUGAUCUAUUUCCGGUCUCCCAUGUCGAGUAUCUACCAAUGAUUGGUUCUGAUCAUAGACCAAUAUUGGCUACGCUGGAUUCUAAGGUACCCAAAAGGCGAAAACAAUUUCGGUUUGAUAAACGAUGGAUUGGUCGGGAGGGACUACUCGAGUCUAUUGACCAGGGAUGGAAUAACACUCGGGGUGGGAUCGCGCCACGCCUUGUCGACAGGAUUUCUAACUGCCGCCACGAAAUUUCGGCCUGGAGAAAAGACAAUCAACCAUAUGGACGAGAGAAGAUAGCGGAACUGCAACGAGCACUGGAGGAGGUCCAGGAGGAUGAUAGCAGCACUCAAGAAGAACUGAUCGAUAUAAUUAACAAGUUGAAGGAAGCAUAUAGGGACGAGGAGGAAUAUUGGAAACAAAAAAGUAGAAAUUUGUGGCUCAAAGACGGGGACCUGAAUACUAAAUUUUUCCAUGUCUCAACAAAGCAGAGGAGGGCAGUCAACAGGAUUGUUGGUUUACAUAAUGACGCCAAUGUAUGGGUAGCGGGGGAAAAAGAUGUGGAAAAGGUAGCAGUCAGUUACUUUGAUAAGCUAUUUACGUCGAUUUUACCGGGGGACUUCAUAGGGGUGCUCGAACAUAUAUCUCACCGGGUAACAGCACAAGAAAAUGCAAGGUUGACUCGGCAUGCGACGGAGUCGGAGGUGCGUGAAGCUUUAUUCAUGAUGCAUCCAGAGAAAGCGCCGGGUCCGGAUGGCAUGACGGCUUUAUUUUUCCAACGGUCAUGGCACAUUAUUAAAACUGAUAUCAUUCAGUUGGUUAACGAUUUUCUAACAAAGGGCCUUUUGGAUGACCGACUGAAUAUAACUCAUAUUUGUCUAAUUCCAAAGAAGGGAAGACCGAGCAGGAUGACGGAACUACGACCGAUAAGCUUAUGUAAUGUGGCCUAUAAGAUUAUUUCUAAGGUUCUAUGUCAGCGGCUCAAAGUGUUGUUACCUAGUCUAUUCUUCUGUAGAGCAACUGGUGAUGAAAGUCGGGUUUUACUCCAAAUCCUAAAAGACUACGAAAAUACAUCUGGCCAACAGAUAAAUUUUGAUAAAUCAUCGAUCCAAUUCGGACAUACGGUGGAGGUAGAGGUACGGGCUGAGAUACAUCAGACCCUGGGGAUCACUAAUGAAGGUAGGGUCGGAAACUAUCUCGGGAUCCCGGAAAGCAUUGGAGGCGCAAAGACAAAGAUUUUCAGCUUUCUAAUAGACCGCCAACAAAAACGAAUCAACGGCUGGAACUCCAAGUGGCUGUCGAAAGGGGGCAAAGAGGUCCUUAUUAAGUAUGUGGUCUCGGCGAUGCCUACGCAUGUAACGGCAUGCUUUCGUCUGCCCAAAGGAGUUACCAAUAAGCUUUCUAGUGCGGUUUCAAAUUUUUGGUGGAGUAGUAAUGGACAAACACGCGGAAUGCAUUGGCUGGCCUGGAAAAAAUUAUGCAGGCACAAAAAUGAUGGGGGCUUGGUUUUUCGUGUUAUUGAGGAUUUCAACACGGCUUUACUUGCAAAACAACUCUGGAGGCUCAUAGACUAUCCUGAUUCUUUGUUUGCAAGAGUUUUCAAAGGACGUUAUUACCGGAACUCAACGCCUUUGGACCCCAUUCGAUCUUACUCGGCGUCUUAUGGAUGGCAGAGUAUAGUAUCGGCUAGACCUCUGGUACAAAAAGGACUUAUUAAGAGAGUUGGUUCAGGAACAUCUAUCCUAGUUUGGGAUGAUCCAUGGAUUCCAGCUUCUCGCCCGAGGCCAGCCAAAGGAACUGGAAUUAAUUAUUAUCCCCACCUACGGGUGAGUGAACUGAUUAAUUCCAGUACAGCAACGUGGAAUCUCCCACUAUUACAACAAUUAUUUGACAGCACAGAUGUUGCGAGGAUUAUCGGGAUACCCACUUCACACGCCGCCCUCCCAGACUCCCUGGGUUGGUUUUUCACGAAGUCGGGUCGAUAUACGGUUAAAUCGGGCUACACGGUCGCACAACAAUUCUUGGAGGAUGAUACACCCAAAUAUUUUGGCCCAGAUACACUGAGGCUUCAGGCACAGGUGUGGAAAAUCGAAUGUACUCAAAAACUUCAACAUUUUCUAUGGCAAGCUUUGACGGGAUGUAUAGCAGUCGGUGCGAGAUUACGAAGUCGAGGUAUGCAGAUAGAUCCCCUGUGCAUGCGUUGUGGAAUGGCACCGGAGACUGUCAAUCACACAUUAUUUGAGUGUCCGUCGGCCCUACAAGUUUGGGCACUAUCCCCGAUCCCAACGGCACCGGACCACUUUCUAACAGGAGGACUAUUUACAAAUAUAACUCAACUGUUCUGGCAUUUGCCAAAUGAUGAGAGGAUGAAGAUGUACCCUUGGCUAAUUUGGCGGGGGAUAUCACCACUCCAAACGGAGCUGGAAGCUCUCAUUUGGGCUAUGCAAUGUAUGAUAAGGAAUAACAAGUUAGUAACGGUUUUCCAGACGGACUGUUCCGAUGUGGUGAAGAUGGUGUCUAAACCAGAGGAGUGGCCGACGUUCUCACUACUACUUGACGAGGUUGUCAGAUGCAAAGGGAGGUUCACCUCGUUUUCCAUCCAGCAUAUACCAAGGACGAAAAACACGAAGGCAGACAAGUUAGCACGAAGUGCUCGAGCUCUACCUACUGAUGUGUACUAUGUAAACUCUGUUUCACCAGUUUGGAUUCCCGAGCUGUUCUAG